AUGCCAAGCAAAAUGGCCCAUUGUCUUGAUUACGUCAUCAAUGCCUUGUUGGAACUACCACAACCUUCAUUCUUCAGGACUCAUAUUAAUCCAUAUCUGGCUAGAACAAAUCUUUUGACAACUGAUAUCUUGGAUAACUUACAUUCCAUUGUAUUUAUUUCUAUUUUCUAUCAUAUUGUCUAUUUAAUUGGGAAAUAUAUCAUUUUUCCACCAUUUGUCUCUCUAAAGUUGAAAUGGGAUCAACAAGACCAAGAAAAACAAGAAGCUAUCGCAGGAAAGAAGAACGAUAAUAAGACACCUCAUCAUCAUCACCAUCAUAAGAAAAGAUACAAUGCUUUAGUUAUUCAAAGUUCCAUCCAUUUAAUCUCACUUUUGCAAAGUAUUGUGGUUCUUUACUUAUCAUUCGAUUUCCUAUUGUGCCCUGAAAGAUCAAGCGAACCAUACCAAACCUCAGAAUCCCGUAUCUUUGGAUCUAAUCGUGAAACCCAAGUUAUCUGUAUCUAUGCCAUUGGUUAUUUUCUUUGGGAUACUAUCAUUUCAUUAUUUUAUUCAUCGACAGCAUUUGUCUUGCAUGGAAUCAUUUCCACUGUUGUUUUCACCAUUGGUUUGAAACCAUACAUUCAAUAUUAUGCUCCAGUAUUUUUGAUGUUCGAAUUGUCUAACCCAUUCUUAAAUUUCAGAUGGUUUGGUAUCAAAUUAUUCCCAUCUAAUAGUAAAAUUGGUGAUACUUUCUUAUUGAUCAAUAACUUGAUUUUGAUGAUUAUGUUCUUUUUCGCAAGAAUUGCAUGGGGUUGGUUCCAGAUUGGAAAAUUAAUUUAUGACUAUUAUCAAGUACGUAACGACCCAAGUUUCUUAUUCUGGGAUAGUGCCAUUAUUGUUAGUGGUAACUUUGUCUUAGACAUUUUGAACGUUAUCUGGUUUUCUACAAUGGUUUCUGUUGCGUUCAAAGUUUUGAAACAAGGAAGCAAGGCUGCCAAGUCUAAUUAG